UGUGACAACACCGGACAACUUCUGCUGCUGACUCCAGGUGCAACAGGCGGAAAAGUCACAUCAAAGAUGCAGAGGUGCUUUGGGAUUUUUUGCGUGUCGCUCAUCUUAUGUGCAACUCUAUCCGAGACUAUCGGGCUGGUCAUUGCGGCGAAGGAGAAGCGCGGCUGGACACUGAACAGUGCUGGCUACCUGUUAGGUCCCCGUCGUAUUGAUCACCUAAUUCAGAUAAAGGAUUCUCCCAGUGCCAGAGGCAGAGACGAGCUGGUCACUCAAUAUGGAAUAGAUGGACACAGGACACUAGGAGACAAGCCGGGUCUUGCUGGCAAGAGGGACAUGGGCCAGGAGGAGGACUUCAGAACAGGUGCCCUGAGAAUAACAGACGGAGACAUCAUCCACACCGUCAUUGACUUCCUGUCAUACUUAAAGCUGAAAGAGAUGGGGGCCUUGGACAGCCUGCCUUCCUCUGUGACAUCAGAAGAACUGGCCAAUCCUUAAUAUGUCUGCCUCCCUGCAGUUCAUUUCCCUCUACCUAAGUCUAUGUUUCUGCUGUCUUGGCUCCCCCUUAAUGUCACUUAACUGUAGCUCCAUUCACACUCUGACUCUGAUUUGUCUGCAUACCAGUAAUCUGAUUCUUUAACUCUUGAUUGACUCUGAUUGUCCCCGAUAUAAAGAUCAGAUCUUUCUGUUCCUGUGUAAAAAUAACAACAUACAUCCACUGAAGGUCAGUGAGCUUCAGCUGACUGCAGGUGGACCUGGAUAAUAGGGACCUCUGUUCAGAAACCAACAUUGUAUCAUCAUCUUAAUAUACUAUCUCAUGAUUUAAGAGGAAGGAGUGAAAUAAAUAAACAAAUGGCACUGGA